UGCGGAGAGUCGAGUGAUAGCGGCACCAUGAUCCCCGUGUCCCUGCUGGUGUUUGUGAUGGCAGGCUGGUGUGCCGUGUACCUGGCCGACACACUGCUCAGGUCGUCUGUGACGCACCGGAUCAGCUACGAGUCGUGGCUCGCCAGCCGAGGCCUGAUGCUGUCUCCCUUCCACCUCAGAUGGCAGACCACCAUGUUCAACCGGCUGUUUGCGUACUGCGCCCGCAUCAACCCCCGGGCCCUUUACCUCUGGUUCAACAGCGGUCUGAUGUUUGGCAUCGUGGCCAUGGUGGGCUCAGUGGUGCUGCUGAUCAAGACGCUGCAGCAGACGUUUGCUCAGAUGACCACAGAUAACCCUCGGAUAGGAGGCCAGCAAGCGCUGCAGGUGGUGGUCCCAGGUGUCAAUCUGCCAACCAGUCAGCUGGCCUACUUCUUCAUCGCCCUGCUGCUCAGUGGAAUCAUACACGAGCUGGGCCACGCCGUGGCAGCGUUGAGAGAACAAGUGAGGGUGAACGGUUUCGGGAUGUUUGUGUUCGUGGUGUAUCCCGGUGCGUUCGUGGACCUCUUCACAACGCACCUCAACCUCAUAUCGCCUGCUCAGCAGCUCCGCAUCUUCUGUGCCGGUGUGUGGCACAACUUUGUUCUGUGUGUGGCAGCGCUGGCCUUCCUCUUCUUGCUGCCUCUCUUCCUGUUUCCCAUGUACUCCACCGGAGGAGGAGCGCUGGUCACCGAGGUCGUGCAGGGCUCUGCAGCUGACGGUCCCAGGGGUCUGUCGGUCGGGGACAUCGUCACUGGGCUGGAGGACUGUCCUGUCAGGGGAGUGGAGGACUGGACCAGCUGCCUGUCUCACCUCUCUCACACCCCACAGACCGGAUACUGUGUCCCCGUCGCCAGCCUGCAGCCCAGCUGGGCUCACGGACGAGCUUACAAGCGUUUGGACGGAACGAUGGACUGCUGCAGCAACAACAGCCUCACCGACCUGUGCUUCUCCUACAUUAAACCACAGGGCCGCCACAGCAGGGAGAGAGAGUACGCCUGCAUGCCGGUGCGCAAGAUGGUGACGGGGACGCGGGUGUGCCGCAGCGACGACGACUGCGCCUCGCACUCCCACGCCGCCAGCGUUUGCGUCACGCCGUCUCUGGAGAACCAGACCCGCUUCAUCCGCGUCACGCACCCCCCCAACACACACAUGCUGUUCGUCGGGUAUCCGCCGCACCUGCAGUACGCCGUGAGUCUCACCAACUUUAUUCCCCGCUUUGGCUUCCUCCACUUGGAUCUGCCCGUCUUCUUGGAGACCUUCUGCAAAUACGUGGUGUCCCUCUCCGGUGCGUUAGCAGUCGUCAACUCCGUGCCGUGCUUCGCCCUCGACGGCCAGUGGAUGCUGAACGCCCUGCUGGAGGCCACGCUGGUUACUGUGGUAACGGACCGUCAAAAGCGAGAGCUCAUUGGUUUCUUCCUGCUGCUGGCGGGCAGCGCCCUGCUGGCGGCCAACGUGGCGCUGGGCCUGUGGAUGGUCACGGCGCGGUAGCCACAGCGGUGAGCUGCCCCGGGAAGCCGAAAGAAAAGAAACCCCAUGCAGACUGAGAGAUGUUGUCUCAGGAUGUGUUUGAGUCGUGUGGACCAUUAAGCUGUGAACAAACGGGGAACAGACUGCAUUACCCAGCAGCACUGCCCGCUCUCUGGACACUGUCGAGCAGAACAUCGCUCUGCCUUUAAGUUGUUACUGGACCACCAGGGAAAACACUUUCUUCCACCACGUUGCCGCCAUAUAUACAAAAGCACAUAUAAAUAUAAAUAAUGCACUUGCUGGAAAGCACUGUCCAAUGUGACUGUUUACAAAAGACUGCACACGGUUUCAUAUCUGUCAUGUGGUUGUGUUAAAGAUUCGAGUGGAAACCUUCCUGGUGUUUCACAAGUUUGAUUCCAAAAUGCCACUUUUUUUUUUUUGAUUUUUAUUUUUCUGUUGCUAACUGGAAGGUUUGUCCAACGAAAUGAAUCCAAGCCAUCUUUGGACAAAACAAAUGAAUGAAAAAGCCUUGAUUUAAUGAGUGAAUGCAUGGCAGUGUCCUGAUUUUCAACUCCUUAUCACUGUUGGACAAAACUUUACUACCUAAUGUUCAUGUUUAAGCUUACACAUGAAUUAUUUAAUUAAAGGACUUCUAGCCAUUUCAGAUUGUUGAGAGGAGGAUAUCCUGCGGAUUUAUUCAGUCAAAUCAAGUGUCUUUCUCUUCCUCGGGCAUUGCGAUGGAGAAAAAAAACGGCUUUCUCUGUUAACUCCUGCCUUCCCUGGAAGUGUAAGUUUCAUUUCUACUCUCUUGGCCUCACACUGUCUACGAUCGGGUUGUAAAAAAUUAUUUGUCGCAAUUGUGGAAUAAAAGGACUGAUUUUUAUUGAAGCA